AUGACGCCUUCUUUUGAGUCCGCGCAACGGCUACCACGCGCAUUGUUACUGGCGAUCGAGUCGGCGCAAAGGUUACGCGUGCUGUUACCGCGUAACUUUCACCGUGAGAUCUCCUCGUUGUUCGACGCGAAGCGCGCUCCGCGGCUCUCGGGAGUGUUUUUGAUCGCACUCGUUUCCCUAGUCUCCUUAAUCUCGUUCUCCCUCUGGCAAUCCAAGUGCUGCCGCUGCCUACACGGCAGCGCGGAGCAAAACCGCAGGAGAGGAACCAGAUUCAGCGGCAACAGCGGCGGCGGGAGCAGCAGCAGCGACGGCGGCAGGGUUGGGACCGAUGGCUCAGGAGACAUAUUCAUCAGUAGCAACGUCGCGUCGGGUCGCGCGCUGCGUAAUUCCACCGCCGACGACGAUCGACGGCCGUUCAUCUACGUGUACGAUCUGGGCCCGGCUUAUACGGACAAGAUUCUCCAAUUAGAACCCGCGUGGUACUCGCAACAGUACGAUGUCGAGAAGCACAUGACGGAGCUGCUUAUAGCGAGUAACGCGGUGCGCACCAUGGAUCCGUACGAGGCGUCGCUCUUCUUCGUGCCGUUCUUCUCGGCGCGAUUCACGCUGUACCACUUUAAAGACUGGGAGAACAACAUGCGUAGCGCCGUGGAAGAGGCAUCCAAGGUGUGGACGGAAAUCCUCUUAACUGUGCGGCGAAACUACCCCUUCUUCAACCGCACCAACGGUCGAGAUCACUUCAGCAUCCUCACGCUCGAUCACGGCCGUUGCCACUCGCUCACGUUCGUGGACCCGGGCCUCGUGGGCGAGAUGUUUUUUGUGACUUAUAACGGGGACAAACUCGUUAGAAGUGUGCACGCGAGCAAGGAACGCAACAUGCAGGCCAUCACCUACAACUACAAGAUCCCUGUCGACCCCUCUCUCCCGGACAUCCCCUGCUACCUGCCCGAUCGAGACAUUGUCGUGCCCGUGCUCGUCUCCAAGGGGCUGCCUCUGGUGAAGCCGUGGGAGGGCGAGAGGGAUCGCACUGUGCUGUUCCGGUUUGGAGCAGGGCAGCACCAUGGGGUGCCGAUAUGGCACCACGGGCACCAGAUUAGGAAGGAGCUAUUGGAGCUGUACACACAUGCAGGGUACGAGGGGUGGGACUUUGCAGAGAAGGGCGAGGCGGACACGGAUCCUGAUUGGCGGAGAGCUGUCUUCUGCAUCUGCCCGCCGGGCCACUCCCAGUGGACCAGCCGCCCCUUCAAGGCAAUCAUCUCAGGGUGCAUCCCAGUAACAUUUUUCCGAGGCCAUGCCAACCCCUGGGACGACGAGCUCGACUACUCGACAGUCUCGGUAAACAUCGACCCUGACGAGCUGCACACGCUCAAGGAGCGGUUGGACGCCGUUCCCAUCAAGAAGCUACAGCGCAACAUCGAGCAGAUUCAGGAGGCUUAUCGAUGGACAGGGGUGUACAAUAAAGGAGCAGAGGCGAUGCUUAUAAAGAGGCUGAGGCAACGAGGGAACCAGCUUCAAGCAGUGGAGCAGCGGAGAUUAUGGGCGCUGCAAUGA